UUUAAUAAAUAGACAUGAAAGAAGACCAUAACAUUACUACUAAUGCGUGUAUUAGUCUAACAUCGAUACAACACGGGUUUAAUGACUUUAACAAUUCAAAUUGCUUGCGUGCAUUCGGCUGGAAAAAGGGGGAGGUGCCAAGAACAAUGAUUCAACUAUAUAAUGGAUGGCAGUUACAAGCUAAAACACUCAAGCAUCAGACGAGAAGACGAAUCGAACAGAAUUCAAGAAGCCCAAAGAACGACUUUAAGCUCAAGAUGAUGAAGAUUCAGAUCGCUGCUGUACUAGUCGGUGUUCUUGCUGUAGUCAUGGUAACUGCAAAGGACGAAGGUUGUGAAGACGCGCGAGACGAAAAAUACUGCGACCAAUUUAAUAAAAAUGGCUAUUGCCAGCGGUACCAAAACUGGGCCUAUGAGAGAUGUGCAUCUACCUGUGACAUAUGUGCCGGGCCUAAAUGUGAAGAUAAAGAAGGUGAAGAGUACUGCACAUCRAAAAAGAUAUUUUGCAAGCGUUUUAGCAGCAUGAGGGAGAGACUCUGCAGAAAGACUUGUGGUACUUGCACAGUCAAAGGAUAGACCAUGGUAUCUACUUAUAUACAGACGGAUUCACGAUAUCUCUUCGUACCUCCUGAAGAAAGACUCGAAGUGAAAAAGACUGUACCAUAUGUACCUUUGAAGUGCGUUAAUUAAGGAAAGUUCAUUUAAUAUGCCGAGGGGGAAGGGGAUGAAGACUUCUCCUCGAAAACUCCUUUUACAGGACGCCCUUUAGGACUGAACUAAAUUUCCGAAGCCUCUUCAAAUAAACAACCCAUGAAAAUGUCCAAAUUCAAAUUAAAAGCCCCAUCCAGUAUAUGCAUGAUCCAAAAUAUUCCGUUACCCACCCCACUUGGCAUAUUUUAAAAAUGAGCUUUCCGUUAAGUUCUUUUCAUUUCCGCGUGAAUUUUAAUAACUAACCGGCCAUAGACUAGCUAUACCAUUGAUACAAUAUAUUAUAGUCAUGAAACCUGUGUGAUUAUUCAAUAAAUAAAAAUCGUAAGCAAUA